AACAGAGCUGGAAAGCUUGCCGGAGGAGACAUUGAACACUAUCUGUUGGAAAAGUCCAGAGUAAUCAAGCAGGCUCCCGGAGAACGAUGUUACCACAUAUUCUAUCAACUGUACUCUGGGGCUAUUCAAGGGCUGAAAGAAAAGCUAAUGCUCACUCGCCCCAUAAAAGACUAUCAUUUUGUGGCUCAAGCUGAAGUUACAAUCGAUGGUGUAAAUGAUAAGGAAGAGAUGCUACUUACAGAUGAAGCUUUCGACAUCAUGAAGUUUGAACAAAAAGAAAAGGAUCAGCUUUUUGCUAUUACCGCUGGUAAGUUUUUUGAUUUUUAA